AUGGAUGCAGCUGAUGGGAUUAUGAGUGCAACCUCCUCAAGUUGUGAAAUGGAUAUGGCUGAUGCUUCUGAGAGACAGGAUGACGUUGUUGCCCAAGAGUCAACCACAGGCCACUCAGAACCAACCAAGAAUGCCACUUGGCAACAAGCUUCUGUCAAGUACCUGCCAGAUAUUUCCAACCUGGCCAUCGGUAUUCUUCUUGCUGCUGUAUUUUCCAAUCCACAUGUGCUUCCCAUUACAGAUCGACCAGCAGCCGAGCCCCAUCAAGAAACUUUGAGAGUAGCCAUUGUUGGAGGAGGUGUGGCUGGCAUGGGUGCUGCUCUGGCCUUUCAACAAUCACAAAACAGUGCAUCCUCAUAUGAAGUAGACCUCUUCGAGGCCCGUCCUGAAUUUGGAGGAGCUGCUUCUACAUACUACUCAGAAAAGAAGUUUCAGCCUCCAUUUGUGGAGCAUGCCUUUGUUGCCUUCUUGGAGUACUACAACUUUGAGAAACUGCUUGACUGGUUGGUAUCAAGCACUGGGGAAGUUUUGGGUUCCUCCUUGCCCCCACCCUUCAAUGACCGCAACCGAAUUCUCAAGUAUCGAGAUGAGAUCCAUCUCUUGGCCAAAGAUCUCAAGGAUGCCUAUGAUCAUUGGAAUGAGGUUCAGCUCAUGGAAACCACUCUGGGAGAGUUCACAAACCCAGAACAUGGAGUUUACUCAGAGGACUUUCUCCGAGACUACUUGGCUCCGUGUUUAGAAACAUAUGUUGCCACUGGUGUAGCCUUGUUUGACAUGCCAAUUGCCCUUUUGACAACCUUUGAGACUCGUUUUGGGCUAUGUCUGUCACCGUCCCGAGCAAACAUUCAUUAUAUUGCCAAUGGAACCAGUGCCUACGUUGAGCAGCUGCGUCAGCACUUGGAAGUUGACGACAGAAUCCAUCUGCAUUCCGGCAACAGAAUUGUGGCAGCCCAAAUGGCCAACCAGCCAGAGGGAGGCACAGCUGCAAAACUCCUAGACUCAAAUGGCGUUUGGAGGGAAUACGAUCAUGUCAUCUUCACACUGCAGCGGCCUCAGGUACGGGAGAUACUGGAUCAUCCCAGCUCCAUGGUUUGUGAGUUUCCUCUUCACAAGGCCCAAGGGAGUCCCUGCCAAUCUCUGUACGAGCAACUCUUUCCAAGCAAUGAUCUUCUUGGGAGCUACAAACACACCAUUGUUCACUCCGACAUUGACUAUAUUGCCAAAUUCACUGCCAACCUGUCUACACCAUCAGAUGGAUGCCAUUAUCUUGAGGGCUACAACUUUUUGAUGAAGAAUGCUGGUGACAAGCAGAAUCUUCAAAGGUUUACCAACAUCUUCAACAGCAACAACAUGGAUCCCAUGCAUUGCAAUGAACUCCUGAUACCCCCUUUCCAGCUAACAACAAAGCAAUUUGAUAACCAAACCUUAAACGAGAUUGGCUUAUCUCCGGAUCGAAUAUUGGAAGACAAGAAAUGGCUUCAUCCCAGUCAUGAUGUCAAAUUUUUCAAGCUCGGUCGUUCUUCUCAUGCUAUUCAAGGUCUUGGAUCCUUUUGGUUUGCAGGGGGUGCUUUUUUAAAACUUCAAUUUCCAUGA